AUGGAAGACCACAUUAAAAAGAUUUGCAAGACAUGUCAUUUCCAUUUAACUAAUAUUAGUAAGAUAAGAACAUAUUUGGAUCGUGAAUCUACUGAAGCAAUUCAUUCGUUUGUGACUACCAACUUGGAUUGCUGUAAUGCGAUUCUAUAUGGACUACCUAAAGCUCUCUUAAACUGCCUACAGCUAGUUCAGAAUAGAGCAGCGCGCAUCGUAACAUUCACCGAGAAGUAUGAACAUAUAACACCCGGCUUAAUAGACUUACAUUGGUUGCCUGUUGAAUACCGAAUUAUUUACAAAAUCUUAUUGUUAGUAUAUAAGGCUAUCAAUGGACUUUCACAAAGUUAUAGAUCCAAUUUGCUCAGUUUUUGUAGCAGCUCCUACUCUUUGCGUUCUUACUCGAAUAAGUUACUUCAAGUCCCG